AAACACGAUUUUUGCGCCAGUGUUAUCAUCAAAGUAGCGCACUGUCGGCCUCUUCCCAACUGUGGACUCCGAAAUUCUUCAGAAGAGAUCAUUAGGUAGAAGAAAUUCAUCAAAUUUUCUACAUUCAAAUGAUUCCGCAUGCCAAAUCUGUGUCAUGCAAUCUUCUGCCUUCGAUUCUUCCUCCCGCACCACGUUUACAGAGGCGUUCGGUUUCGAUUUCUGGACGGAUCAACAGAGCAUUGUGGAAACCACUGAAAGGCAGAAAAAUUUCAAUCCAGCCGCUGAAAUGCUCGGCUUCUGUAGUGUCAGACCGACCGCAGGUGGAAUUGACCGGAAAUCACAAGCCUGUUCCAGCUGAGGUGUCGAGAACUGUUGUGGAUCUGUCCUCUGUGGGUACGCUUUCAGUUCUCUCGCAGGACGGCUCGCCUCUGGGAUUUGGCGUGCGCUUUGCGGUUGACUUGAACGGAACUCCUGUUUUGUGUUUAAAUGAGUUUGAUGCGAAGUUUUCUGAUGAUAGGAGGUGCAGUCUUCAUGUUCAGCUGGAGCAGUGUGGAGCUCGGACGCCUCAAUGCACAAUCCAAGGGAACCUCGAGAAACCUAGGGAUAGAAUGGCCUUGAAGAAAUUCUGUUCGGCAUGGGGGAAGCGCUUCAAUGAGGAAGUGGAUGAAAGCCAAAUUUAUGUCAUUGACGUCAAAAGGGUACUUCAGAUAGAAGAUUAUGCUGAGGAUGGUGUUUGGGUAAGCUCAUCAGAGUAUGUGUCAGCUGAACCCGAUCCUCUUCGAGAUGCUGCAGAAGGAAUUGUUGAUGAGGUUAAUAAUCACAAUAAAGAAGACGUUUUUCGCUUCUGCAAUGUUUAUGUCGAUUUGGAUUUUCAGGUGCUGGAUGCGAAGAUGAUCUGGGUAGAUCGACUAGGAUUCGAUGUACACCUCAAAACUUUACAGAAUGAGGUUUAUGAGGUUCGAAUACCUUUCCCUAGAGAAGUGACGGACGAAAAGAGUGCUAAAUCAUCUUUUAAUGGCAUGUCUCAGCUUGCCUGGGAAGUGGAAAAAAAUUUCCAUGUCCCUGAAUUUGAGAAGGUAAAAUAUUUCAAGAAGAUCGUCGGUUAAGUUUACUCCCAUUAUGAUUUUAUUGUUACCCACUUUUUGGUCAGUUUAACACUACAAGUUUGGAAUAUAUGAGAGGGUUUGCUGUUUCCCUA